AUGGGUGGUUCCCCGCCGAGCAGAGGAUCUGCAAGGCCGUUCUCACCACCCCCACCCCCGAGUAGACCUCGUUCUCGUUCCCCGGUCCGUGAGUCUAUAGCAACAUCACCACGCAGCGCCAACGGCAAACCGCCGGUCAGAGCCACCGGCUUUGGUUCCUCUCCUGCACCAUCAGCUGGAGUGACCAGCAGGAAGAUUUCGCCGGCCCCUCCAUCUCGGCCCCGUUCACCCCCCUCUAGAGCAAUGUCACCCCCACGGGGCCCACGCAAUGCCGCUGCCUCGCCCCGUCCGACACCUCCAAGACGCGCAUCACCUCCUCCGAACGGCCCUGCUGUUCACCCGGAAAGGCUUCAACAGCUUUCCAACGGCUUCUCGACUGUUCCUCCUCGCGGCCCAUCUGGUGGCACCAGGCCUAUGAACAACGUUGUCCCGCCUCGUGGACCAAGUGCCUAUCAAUCUAACCGCACACUCUCUACACCCUCACAUGGCCAACCCCCACCUUCAGGCCCCCAUAGUUCUCAUGGCCGCUCGCCAUCCUAUCCAUCACGAGCCACGCCUAAUCCACCAAUUCAGCCACGGAACGCAAUGGCACUCCCCCCAUCAGGACCACGCCGCAUGUCCUCCGCGCUCUCACCAAAUGGCUCUACCCCGCCUUCAUCGUCUCCAAACCCUCCCACCACAUCUGCUAUCCCAACUGGCCCUCGUGCGGGUAACUUCCCUUACCGUACAUCACUUCCGCCACCGCACCCACAUCAUCACCACCACCCGCCGCCUCCAAGAGCGCCGAGUGGCCCCGGUACUACAAUUCCAGGCGGGAGAUUAUAUCCCGCGGUUGAUAAGGCGAGCGAAGACAGACUGGCCAGGUUGAAAGCGGAACAGGUAAAAUUGGAGGAGGAGAACAGGGUGAUCCAGGAGAGAAAGAGAAAGGGGCUAUACGGAUGGGAGAAGAGCACAAGAGAGGCAGAAAGAGAAGGAUACAAGGUUGAGUUAGCUGAAAGCCAGUUAGUUGGUGGCGUCUUGAUGGACUGA